AUGGCUGAAGCGGUUUCCGCGGAGACCUUGACCGCGAACCUGGCCUCUGUCGUCAGUGGGCUCAAGGCGCUGGCGCAGUCUGGCACGGGCUGCCAGGAGCGCCUCGAUGGGCAGCUGGCUCGGCUGAAGGAGCUCUUCCGCCAGGAGCGCGUGACUCCCCUGGCGACUGCCACCAUUGCGGGUGCCAUUGGCCAACUCCUGCUUCCAGGACCACACGGAGUCGGCGGCAGUGGGGUCUAUGCCAAAGAUGGAGCCACCCCCGCAUCCCGCUGCUUCAACGUGCGCUUCAUGAAGGACUUGGCAGCAAUGGUCAUGGAGGCCUUGCCAGACUUCGCGGAGGCGGAGUUCAAGAUGAUGGGAUGGGUCUUUCCCACUGCCUACCUGGAUGAGGGCCAGAUGCGCCAGCUACUUGCCAGAGCUGCAGAAAUUCAGGUCGGGCUUCGCCCCCUCCCGCACUGCGAUGCUUGUCGGGCACACCUCGGGCACGUAGUGGACUUUGUGCGCGAGAAGAUGCCGCGGCUGAAUGCCACCUUGAGUGAGUUCCUCCAGCUUUACUGCAAGAAGGUGAAGCAGUCAGGCCUGUAG